AUGGGGAAAAUGACGACAUCAUCGGAAGAGGAAGAAUGCGAGAACCGAUGGAUCCACAUAAGGAAGCUACCUUCGAGGUUCAACCUGGAUCUACUGGCAAACUAUUCUAAGUAUCCAAUGUUGGACGACCUGUGUCCCUACCUAGGAAACCACGGUCUGGGACAGAAAACCCAUAACCACUCUCGAAGUUGGUAUCGAACCGACCCUUCCAUGCUGGAACUCAUCUUCCACCGUCGGAUGCCGAAGUACCCCUGCCUCACGCAAGAUCCCCUGUGCGCAAAGGCUAUCUAUAUCCCCUACUACGGGAGUCUCGAUGCCCUAUGCUACCUCUACGGCUUAGAAUCAAACUUUAGCGCCCUACACAACCUCCACCUCUUCCACUUCCUCCAACAAGACAACCCCCAAAUCUGGGCUCGUCACAUGGCCUACGACCACUUCCUCGUAAUGGUCCACCCCGCAUGGGACUUCUCCCAACCCCUCACCAACGACCCUCACUUCUGGGGCACCUCCUUCCUCGAGUUCCCCCAAUUUUUUAACCUCACCGCCCUCAAGCUCGAGGCUCGUGCGUGGCCCUGGUAG